UUGCAAAAAAGAAACAUUUCAGCUACUCAUCGAUUCUAUAUUUCAUUUGAAAACAGCAUAUGCCAUGAUUACAUUACGGAGAAAUUCUUCAAACGAGUUUCGCAGUUGCUUGUUCCUGUUGUGAUGAAAAGAGGAAUUUAUGAAGAUGCUGGCAUUCCACCACGUUCUUUCAUAGCAGUGGACGACUACAAAUCUCUAAAAGAUUUGGGGAAUUAUUUGGAUCUUUUGCGAGUAAAUGAUAAGGAGUAUCUAAGGUAUUUCGAAUGGACGGAACAUUUUCGAAAGCCGGAAACAUAUCAAAGCAACGCACUAUGCAAACUUUGUGAAGACAUUUAUAAUGGUAGGAAACUGGCAGUGCACGACAUCAAGAAGUACUACGAAAUUGGGCAGUGUACCGACUCUGACAAUCCAGGUGGACGACCCGCAUGCUUGGGCAGAUCAUGCCACAGGACGAAGAACCUGAUUUUGGGGGCUUGA